AAUACUUGAUGAUUACAUUUGCUUUUAUUUCUUUAGAUUGGAUCUUAGUUAUCUUUAAUUUUUUGGUGCCCCAUAAGUUAAUCAGCAAGGCACGCUAAUCAUCGAAGUCCAUUGAUAGAGAACUGAAAGCUGUUUUCGAAGGGGACAUGAAGGAAAUGUUGGGAUUUGGAGGUAGAUAUUAUUGGGGGAGAAGGGAAAUGGAAAGAGAAGGGAUAGUGGUGGUUUUUGCUUGGAUGUCUAGUCAAGAAAGACAUGUGAAAAGCUAUGUUGACCUUUAUGGGUCUCUUGGUUGGAAUUCCCUUGUCUGUCACUCUCAAUUUCUCAAUAUGUUCUUUCCUGAGAAGGCUGAAACUUUAGCAUUUGACAUCCUCAAUGAACUUCUUGAGGAGCUAAAGAUAAGGCCAUACCCUAUAGUCUUUGUGCCCUUUUCUGAUGGUCCCAAAGCUUGCUUGUACAAGGUUCUCCAGAUCAUUGAGGGAAAGUGUGAAGUGCAACUGAAUCCGGAUGACUGUCAGCUGGUCAGAGACUGUAUUUCAGGCCAUAUAUAUGAUUCUAGUCCAGUGGAUUUUACGAGUGAUCUGGGGAGACGAUUUGUUGUUCACCCAUCUGUUCUUAAAAUGUCUCGUCCGCCAAGAAUACUAUCCUGGAUGGCAAAUGGAAUUAGUAGCAGUCUUGAUGCUCUCUUCCUGAACAGAUUUGAAUCACAGCGUGCUGAGUAUUGGCAGACUCUGUACUCCUCUGUUAGCAUGGGAGGGCCAUAUCUAAUUUUGUGCUCAGAGAAUGAUGAUCUUGCUCCGUAUCAAGUCAUUUGCAAUUUUGCUCAAAGACUAAAAGAACUGGGUGGUGAUGUAAAGCUUGUGAAAAUGAAUGGCUCACCUCAUGUAGGUCAUUAUCGACUUUAUCCUGUUGACUACAAGGCUUCUGUCACUGAGCUCCUCUGUAAGGCAGCUGCAAUUUUUUCCCAGAGAAUUCAACGACUUGAAGGAGAAAAGAUGGGUUUCGAAGGGACACAUGAUCAGAUCUCUGAGCCAAUUAGUGACCUGAGGAAAGCAACUGUUAAUCCACAACAUAGUUUUCGUGGAGUUACUUUUGCACCAAGUGAUCAUUUCUUUAUGCCAAGCUCAGUUGAGUAUUACGAGGGUAGAGAUGUUGAGUCCUUGCAAGAUGAACACAAGGAAAGUUUGGUUCAGUUGCGAAGCCCUCCAACUAUCAAUCCACAUGGAGUUCUUAGUCAAAUCCUUUUCGAUGUGUGUGUUCCCAAGAAUGUUGAAGGUUGGGAUUUAAGGUCAUCAGCUUCCUUGAACAGACACCCACUUAAUCCCUCGCGAAGGCAUGCUCCAUUUAAUCCAAUGAAAUGUAUACGCCGUUCAAGACUGUAACAGUAGUUAUCACUGACAUCCUAGAGGCAAGAUCGUUCGUGUGAGUAUGCGAGAUUCAAAUUUGGUGUGAAGCCUUGGCUUUGAGGUUUCCAAAGAGGCAACACUUCCUUCAUCCUAAGAGAAUAAACGCGAGAGCCAAGGGGUGUAAGCUUGGAAGUAUAGCAUCUGUAUAAUUUCCCUGUCACCUGACUAAGUGUACAGUAAUUUCGAAAAGAAUGAAGAAGAGAUUGAAUUUGCUGAAGUAAUUCUCAUUGAUACUGAACCAUGUACUUAUACAGGGAGUCCGCAAUUGAUUCCUACAAGUCAGGAAUCAGUUGCUGCAUUGUAGCUUAUUAAAGUUAAUAAAUACAGAUCUGCUAUUCUAUA